AUGGAUGGCAUGUACCUCUACAACCUGACGCUGCAGGCGUCAGGCAGCGUUAAUGCGACCGUAGUGGGACAGUUUUCAGGUACAAGACAGCAAGAGAUCAUCGUUGCCAAAGGCAGCCGUCUGGAGCUUCUCAGACCCGACACACAAACCGGCAAAGUCGAUACUGUACUCUCACAUGAUGCUUUUGGUGUGAUCCGUAGCCUAGCCGCUUUUCGUCUAACCGGUGGCUCCAAAGACUACGUUAUCGUAGGAUCUGACUCGGGCAGAAUUGUCAUUUUAGAAUAUCAGCCAAAGACAAAUUCGCUGGAAAAGGUCCAUCAGGAGACAUUCGGGCGUUCUGGCUCUCGGAGGAUCGUACCAGGACAGUAUCUAGCUACAGACCCCAAGGGUCGUGCGACCAUGAUCGGUGCCAUGGAGAAGGCCAUGCUCGUAUACAUCCUGAACAGAGAUGCGCAGGCAAAUCUCACCAUCUCAAGCCCUCUCGAAGCGCAUCGACCGAGCGCCAUCAUUCACCACAUUGUCGGCGUUGAUGUCGGCUUCGAGAACCCUCUGUUUGCUUGUCUCGAAGUCGACUAUUCAGAUUCCGACCACGACCCAUCAGGACGUGCGUUCGAAGAGGCUGCAAAGACGCUCACCUACUACGAACUCGAUCUGGGCCUCAAUCACGUCGUUCGCAAAUGGUCCGAGCCUGUCGACCCACGCUCGAAUCUACUCGUCCAGGUGCCAGGAGGAUACAAUCAGAAUCUGGAGAAAUGGGACGGACCCAGCGGCGUACUGGUAUGUAGCGAAGACUACAUCACCUACAAGCACCAGGAUCAGCCCGAGCAUCGAGUUCCUAUUCCCAAACGCCUCAAUCCUGUCGAAAAGCUGUCGGAAAGGCGUGGUACCCUCAUCGUAGCUAGUGUACUGCACAAGAUGAAGAACGCCUUCUUCUUUCUCGUCCAGACCGAAGAUGGCGAUUUGUUCAAGAUCACGAUGGAGCAUCAAGAUGACGAGAUUCGUUCGCUCAAGAUCAAGUAUUUUGACACAGUGCCCGUCGCAUCCGGUCUUGUCAUCUUGCGGUCUGGUUUCCUUUUUGUGGCGUCCGAGUACGGCGCGCAAUUGCUCUACUCGUUUCAAAAGCUUGGCGACGAUGACGACUUGCCGGAAUACAUCUCAACCGACUAUGACGAGAACGGAGCAGGUCGAAGGCGGCCACAGCUGCCCACUUUUACACCGAGACCACUUGACAACCUCGUUCAAGUCGAUGAGAUGCCAAGUCUCGAUCCGAUCUUGGAUGCCAAGCCGCUGAAUCCUCUGGCUGCCGACUCGCCACAGAUCUUUGCGGCAUGCGGACGCGGUGCAAGGAGCAGCUUCAAAAUGCUGCGACAUGGUCUCGAAGUGCAGGAGGCGGUCAGCUCGGAUCUGCCAGGUGUACCAAGCGCAGUAUGGACCACUAAAAUCACACAGCAGGACGAAUAUGACAGCUACAUCAUCCUCAGCUUUGUCAAUGGAACCCUGGUACUCAGUAUCGGAGAGACCAUCGAGGAAGUGUCGGACAGCGGAUUUUUGACAUCCUCUUCAACCCUGGCUGUACAGCAGCUGGGCCAAGAUGCUUUGUUGCAGGUGCAUCCGCACGGCAUUCGACACGUAUUGGUGGACAAGCAGAUCAAUGAGUGGGCGACUCCGAGUCUUCCCAACGGCAGACAGACGACGAUCGUGGCAACGUGUACCAACGAGCGGCAGGUGGUGGUGGCACUCAGCAGCAACGAGCUGGUCUACUUUGAGCUUGACAUGGACGGGCAGCUCAACGAGUAUCAGGAGCGAAAGGCCAUGGGAGCAGGCGUGCUCACCAUGAGCAUGCCCGAUUGUCCCGAAGGCCGUCAGCGAACACCUUACCUUGCUGUAGGCUGCGAUGACUCGACGGUGCGCAUUAUUUCGCUCGAGCCCAACUCAACGCUAGCAUCCAUCUCGAUUCAAGCUCUCACCGCUCCUGCUUCGAGCAUCUGCAUGGCUGAGAUGCUGGACGCUACCAUUGAUCGCAACCAUGCGACGACGUUUGUCAACAUUGGUCUGCAAAAUGGUGUCCUGCUUCGCACUAUUCUCGAUGCUGUGACGGGUCAACUAACAGACACGAGGACACGCUUCCUGGGCAGCAAGGCGGUGCGACUGAUACGAACCAAGGUCCACGGUCAGGCUGCUGUGAUGGCUCUGAGCACUCGCACCUGGCUGUCGUAUACGUAUCAAGAUCGGCUGCAGUUUGUGCCGCUCAUCUUUGACGUUUUGGAUCAUGCGUGGUCAUUCAGCGCCGAGUUGUGCCCCGAGGGUCUGAUCGGGAUCGUAGGGAGCACGUUGCGCAUCUUUACGAUUCCUUCGCUUGCGAGCAAGCUCAAACAGGAUUCGGUGGCGCUCUCGUACACGCCGCGCAAGAUCGCCAAUCACCCGAACGAGCAGGGAUUGUUCUAUGUGGUCGAAGCUGAGCACCGAACGCUGUCGCCAGGAGCACAGCGCCGGCGCACCGAGAUGCUCGGAAAGGAGCUCAAGCCGCACCAACGAGGCGUGCUGGACCUGAACCCGGCCGAGUUCGGCGCUAUUCGCGCCGAGGCAGGCAACUGGGCCAGUUGCAUCCGUGCCGUGGAUGGAGUACAGGCGCAGACAACACACAGGCUAGAGAUGGACGACAAUGAAGCGGCAUUUAGCAUUGCAGUGGUGCCGUUCGCCAGUGCAGAAAAGGAAGUGAUGCUGGUCGUCGGUUCAGCCGUCGACGUCGUUCUGUCUCCACGAUCAUGUAAGAAGGCCUACCUCACAACGUAUCGCCUUCUUGACAACGGACGCGAGUUAGAACUGCUACACAAGACCGAGGUGGACGACAUACCGUUGGUGCUACGUGCUUUCCAAGGUCGACUGCUCGCAGGCAUCGGUAAAGCGCUGCGCAUCUACGAUUUGGGCAAGAAGAAGUUGCUUCGCAAGUGCGAGAACAGAUCUUUCCCUACGGCCGUCGUCUCUCUUGACGCGCAAGGCUCUCGCAUUGUGGUAGGUGACAUGCAGGAGAGCAUCAUUUUCGCGAGCUACAAACCACUGGAGAACCGGUUGGUGACAUUUGCGGACGACGUGAUGCCGAAAUUUGUGACAAGAUGUACGAUGCUCGACUACGACACGGUUGCAGCGGCUGAUAAGUUUGGCAACAUCUAUGUGCUUCGCCUUGAUGGAAACACAAGUCGAAGCGUGGAUGAGGAUCCGACGGGAAUGACGAUUGUGCACGAGAAACCGGUGCUGAUGGGAGCGGCGCACAAAGCGUCGCUGGUGGCGCACUUUUUUGUGGGCGACAUCAUCACUUCUCUGCACCGAACGGCUAUGGUCGCCGGUGGCCGCGAAGUUCUGCUUUAUACGGGACUUUCUGGGAGCAUUGGUGCACUGGUACCUUUUGUCAGCAAAGAAGAUGUCGACACGCUUUCGACGCUAGAAUCGCACCUGCGACAAGAGAACAACAGUAUCGUGGGGAGAGAUCAUCUGGCGUAUAGAAGCAGCUACGCUCCAGUCAAGAGCGUCAUCGAUGGUGAUCUUUGCGAGACAUUUGGCUUGCUAUCCCCGGCGAAACAGAAUGCGAUUGCAGGCGAACUGGACCGAAAACCGGGCGAGAUCAACAAGAAGCUUGCUCAGCUUAGAGAAGGAGCCACUGGAUUCUGA